AUGUCGACCCAUUUUUCUAUGGGCGUCUUAAAGAUAACGCGCUGGACACAUCUACGAUUUUGAAAUAAAAGACGAAUCACAAUAACGAUGACAUGACUUAAAGCGAAUUAAAGCAGUACGGCUGUGUGCUUAAGAUUUAUCGACAUGGAAUAUUGUUAAAUAUUUAAAUAGUAAAUCGGUGAAUAGGUUGGAAACAUAAUGGAUGUAAAUCAUGAUGGCAAGGAUGGACAGAAGCAGCAGAAGACGGACAGCAUGUCAAACAGCAGCCUGGCCCAGUCCGUUACCGUGGAGACCGAGGUUGUGUUGAAGAAGGAGGUCGGACUACUGUCAGGGAUAUCGCUCAUCGUGGGGACAAUCAUUGGCUCCGGUAUCUUCAUCUCGCCGAAGGGUGUCCUUGACAUGACGCAGUCGGUCGGCCUCUCGCUGGUCGUCUGGACCGGAAGUGGUGUGCUCGCUAUGCUGGGCGCUCUCACGUACAGCGAGCUGGGAACGCUGGUCCGGAAGUCGGGCGGGGAGUACGCGUAUAUCCUGGAAGCUUUCGGUCAGGUGCCCGCGUUCCUAUUCGCGUGGACUUCCGUCAUCGUAAUCAGACCCUCGUCUAUCGCCAUUAUCUGCCUGACGUUUUCCGAGUACCUGACGACAUUCUUCCCGUACUGCGGCUCUCCGGAAGUGGUUCCUAAGGUGAUAGCCGCCGUUGCUAUAGUAACGCUGAUGGUGAUUAACAGCAUGAGCGUCACGGCAGCCGCACGCGUACAGAUCCUGUUCACAGCGGCCAAGCUGGGAGCUCUAGUAAUCGUCAUGAUCGGCGGCAUAGUCCGUCUCGCCCAGGGUCACACGACACAGUUCCAGGACAGUUUCGCCGGAUCCACCAGCUCACCCUCAACUAUCGCACUGGCGUUCUACCAGGCUCUCUGGGCGUAUGACGGCUGGAACAAUCUUAACUACGUUACAGAAGAAAUAUACAAACCAGAAAUAAAUCUGCCUCGGGCUAAUAUUCUUGGUGUAGCCUUGGUUACAGUUGUGUACGUGCUCACAAAUAUCGGAUACCUGACGGCCAUGACGUCAUCCGAGUUGCUAGCGUCCAGCGCCGUAGCUGUGACUUGGGCUGAUCGCGUGCUGAAAUCUGCGAGCGUUAUUCUGCCCAUAGCCGUUCUCUUCUCAACGUUUGGAGCUGCCAACGGUUCCGUAUUCACAGGAGGAAGAGUCGUGUACUGCGCCGGUCGUGAAGGUCACCUACCAGAACUACUGUCAUACGUGUACGUUCGACGACUCACACCGUUACCUUCCAUUGUUUUUACGUGUGCCAUAUCGCUGGUGAUGAUUGGCAUCAGCAACAUCGGUCAGCUGGUGGACUUUUUCAGUUUCACGGCCUGGCUCUUCUACGGCCUUACGGCGCUGUCUCUGCUCGUGAUGCGUUACACUAAGCGGGACGAGCCGCGCAUCGUCCGGGUUCCUAUAGUGAUCCCCAUUAUUUUCCUUUUGUGCGCCAUUUACCUGGUUAUCGCCCCUAUAGUGGAGAAUCCGCAAAUCCAGUUCCUGUACGCCUCCAUCUUUAUUGUUGGCGGACUGAUAUUCUACGUGCCUCUGGUACACUUCAAGCUCGUCAAAAUAGACAAGCUGACGAUGUACAUGCAGCUCUUUAUGGAGAUCGCUCCGCCACACGUCGAACCGGACAGCUAGAGACCAGGGGCCACGCUGCGAAAGCGCCUAAAACAAUCGUAACUUAAGUUGUACCUACGAAAAAAUGUAGGUCACAUUUUCUCAUUGAAAUUCAGUGAUUUAUUAUGUAUGUACUACAUGCUAGGUUACAAAUGUUCAGAAAUUUUAAGAAAACCAUAUACUUGCCGCUUUACAAACAUUUUGUGCUCCCGCUGAUUGAAUAUAUACGCAGGAGUGAGUUCCAACGUAUUUAAAGUGCAUACAUUAUAUCGAACAUGUUUAGAGACGAGGAAUUGACUUUUAACCAGGUUUAACAUUUACGGUAUCGUCUUAAAGAAAUAUUUAAGCAUUUUUGUCUCGAUAAAAAUAUACAUGUACAGAAGAAAGUGUACGGCUAUUAUCAAACUAUUAGUGGCUACGAAUUGUGUCGACU